AUGCACCAUAUUACUACCACCAGUCUGCCAGCCACUGCACGACAAACAUCAUCACAACCAACAUCAUCACAAUUACAUCCAGACUUGAAAUUCGCCCUAAAGUGCUAUGUACAUUCCUGGAUUCAACAGCAGGCGGCACCCAGAGAUCCUUCUCUCUCUCGAUUUAGCUUCGACACGUACAGGCUGGUGCGGGGUCUGGAACGUCAUGGGUUUAGAAGAGGGCAAGCUGUGUCGCUCAUGAGAACUAUUAACGCUCUGCUCGUGGAUGCGACUUUGACAAUCCGCUCUGAAAUGUUGACCAAAACAGAACUAGAAAACCAAUCCUACAAAAUGCGCUCCGAACUACACGAACUGCGCAGUGAAUUAUCCCUCUUACGACAAAACGACACCUCAACCCUCAAAUCCCUCUCUGAGCAACUCAUGGUUGAUAUAGAGAGUCUGACUCAAAAGUUUAACGAGAGUGCAACGACUCUGAAAACCGAGAUUAAUCUAGAUAUGAAUAAUCGGAAGGCUGAGGCUAGAGAGACUGCUUCAGAUGCAGAUAUGCAGAUACAGGAGAUUCAUCACAAGUUGAUUUUAAAGCUUGCUGAUUUGAAGACACAUAUCGAAGCGACAAAGAUGAAAACUACUAGAACAGUAGUAUGGUGGGCAAUAGGGUCGUUUGCAAUUAUUAUGGGAUUGGAUUGGGUGCUGCCAACUGCAGCAUUGUAA